UCGAACAACAGGAAGCUAUUGUCCCCUAGCCUCUAGCUGGAAUGAAAAUUUUUCACAGGCUAGUGCAGAACUAAAGGAACUGUAAGCCACAAACCAUGUUCGCCUUCGUGUAAACCUAUCUUCGUUCCAAGCCAGUGGUGGCUAGUUGGAAUAUUGUGGUCGAUAUCUCAGCGUUAUUCCCUUCUUUCUCUGAAAUUUAAGCUCUCUAUACACAGCAUGUGCAGAAGUAGAGCUUCUUAUAAGUUGAUUUUCAAGAUAAUUUUAGCGUGUUGCGUAGCCUUGAUCUACCUUCAAUUUCAGCUCUUGUCUAGUGCUGACCGAAAUCGUUUGGUUCAUACUCUUCAGUUUAAAAGCGACGAGUACAUCCCAGAAAUAGUUGAUUGGAAAAGAGCCUGCAAUGCUUCGAAAUAUGCGGAACAACCUGACUUACAAAACUAUGAUUUUGAGACGAAAAAAGCUGGAUAUUUAAAUGUACUUCUAUGGGAAAAUAUUUCCGGUUUCAGUGUUAAUUCAUUUCUCACACAACCACUGUUUCCAAGGCAACCAUCUAAGUUCUUAGUGGCACCUAGCGCCUUUGUUAAAAUCAAAAAAGCUUAUUAUGGUCAAUGGAUAGUUGGAUAUCUACACGUGGAUAUUACGGGAGAAUAUAGAUUCGCUUUGUCUUCAGACGAUUCGUCUGAGUUUUGGAUCAGCACAGACGAGCGCGCAGAGAAUGUAAGGAGAGUUGCUCAAGUUGGUGAUGGGUAUGCUCCGGGGUGGACCAGCCUUGGUCAGCACGCCAAGUAUGUCAAUCAAGUUUCUGAUCAAAUAAUCCUUCAGAAAUGCAAAAAAUACUUUAUCCAAGUGGUUCACAAGCAGGCGGUGGGCGAUGGGUUUGUUGCUGUGUCGUGGAAUCGAGCUGGAAGCCAGAGCUUUCACAUCAUUACGGGCGCGUAUCUUUUGCCUUUAAUGCGAAUGUCGAAACAUUUAUUAACAUUCAUCCCUCCCGUUGGGGAACAAUUCAAAAGCUUAAAUGCAGCAUUCAAAAUGCAAAGAGAAAAUAAAUUAAGCCUAGAAUCACCAGCUGAAUACAUAGAUACUCAACGACUUGAUCGCACAUUGAUACAAAGUGCCAUUGGAACAUGCCCUUUACAAAAACUACGACCAGUUCGAAACUCGACCCCUAAUAUUACGCAGGGUUCCCAACAGUUAAUAACUGAUGUGUAUCCAGGACCUUGGGCUUACAAGAUCAAAGAUAAGAGUAAUGACAAUACGUUUUUGAAAGCCCUUCAGGGCAAGCGCGCAGGGAUAUUGUCAAAGAAAAAAGCCAAGGCUGUUGUGCGCAAGUUUAUGACACUAAUGGAGGAAAGAAAUCCAAGAAGGUUUCAAUUAGAAUCUAUCAACGCUGUUGAACAUAAGAAGUACCACAAUCUUCGAGAUGUUUAUCUAGUAGACCUAACACUCAAAGACAACACAAGGCAAAUCAAGCCGCGCUCAGCAAGUUAUGUUUACAAGAGUUGGGUAGAAGACUCUCUAUGCGUACCAGAUGAACUAGAUUGGAACGAAAAUGUUCUUGUCCAAGUGAUUGUUAUCGUUGCAAAGGCUGAGCAUGGCAAAUGGGCAAUAAGUUUAAUAGACAACAUUGAAGAUAUUUACCGAAGAACAGCAAACAAUAAUAUUCAAGUAACAAUUGUUCAUUACGGGCCAAAGGUUUUGGACGUGGAAGGGGUAUUAUCAGCCACUUCUUUGCCAAGGCACAUCUUCAUUCCCCGGACUGAAGCCUUCAGCUUUGCCAAGGCCAUCCAAGAAGCCCUUGAUGCAAUAGUACACGAGAAAACUAUAUCUCUGCUGGUAGAUCCUUAUGUGAAAUUGCCCUUGGAUAUAUUCGAUCAGACAAGAAAGCAUUGUUUUCAAGGAAAAAUGGUGUUCAGUCCGUUAGCCUUUUACCUUGUACCAGGAGCAAGCCCCGGUGAACCUGAAGGAUUAUGGGAUCAUAGGGGUCUAGCCGCUUUAGGCAUGUAUAAGGAAGACUGGAGACGACUUCUGACGACAGCAGGCCAAUAUGAUGAUAGUGAAGGAAACUGGACUAUCUUUGAACAUCGCGUUGAAUCUAUUAUUGAGGUCCAAAGAAUGAAGGUGAAUGGCUUGUUCGUCAUGAGUGAAGAAGAGCUGGUGCCGCUUGAUGAUCGUUACAAAAACAUACCUCAUGGGUCUUACCUCUCUUAGUUACCAUUGCUAAGUCAAGUCUGUAGAAGACAAUAAUACCAAAUACUAAUUUCAAAAUGGACAUAAUUAAGUGGUAAUUGAACUACGCAAUCAUGUAAUUUUGUAAUCACUCACUCGUUUUGAUUUCAGACCAAAUUGCACUCCAAUCAGUUCAAUUGCCAUUAUUAAUCAUUAUUAUUGCUGCGAGCACGGCAAGCAGAGACACUAAUCUUGACGAAGUUGUUGUGUUUAACUUGGCCGUGUGGGUCCUGGGCGCUUUAUAAUCGAGCUGUGAACUCGAUUUGUGGAAACCGUGGGUGGGCUUUGGAUGAUUUUCGGAGCCUUCGGUACUUUGUUCAGCAGAAUUACUUCACCUUCGUUCUAGGCUUGGAUGGUCAUCGACGUUUCUAUUCGAAUCAUCUUCGAGAAGCUGUUUACUAUCAAGUUUACCAAAAUUUGUUUGUUCAAGCAAGCAAACCAAGUCUUCUUUUUCACAAUCUAAUCAAGUCAAACUUCUGUUGGAAGUCAGAAGUAUUCUUCUAGGCAAGGCACUUUAUUUUAUGCGUUUUCGGCGCUGUUGUGAAGUCGAAUUUUACCAAUUGCAUGUAGUCGACAGUGGACACGAUAAAUCGUAUGCUUUUUGAAGAUCGAUUUUUUCCGGAAUUUUCCCUUCUAAGGGUGGUGCGGGGGCCGGUACAGGUCAAGCCCACCCCUCCUCUCUAUCUGGUUCCCGCUCUCGUGUUUGCAAAAGGCCUCUGAAAGAU